AUGCGCACAAGGGAAAGGGCCGUGCACGGGCAGCGAGUGCAGCGGGGACAUUGGUUUUAUGGCAGCUCCGCUCCAAAGCGCAAGCUGUCACAGACAAGAAACUCUCCGAUUUCAAUCAUGGAUACGAAGGGCACUUCGUCGUUCGGCAAGCGGCGCAACAAGACGCACACGCUGUGCCGCCGCUGCGGCUCCAAGGCCUACCACCUGCAGAAGUCCACGUGCGGCAAGUGCGGCUACCCCGCGAAGCGCAAGAGAAAGUAUAACUGGAGUGCUAAGGCUAAGAGACGCAACACCACGGGUACGGGUCGCAUGAGGCACCUGAAAAAGGUCUACCGUCGAUUCAGGAAUGGAUUCCGUGAGGGGACCACACCGAAGCCCAAGAGAGCAGCUGUUGCCGCCUCCAGUUCUUCGUAAAGACUCAUCUGUUUGCUAAAAAUAAAUGGUCUUAUUCAGAAAAAC